UUGGCACACCCACGUGGUUUGGAUAGUUCUAGAAGUGAUAGAGUGACCGGUGCUGUCCUUUCUUCAAGCCGAGUGACAGGCUGCACGUUCUGUUAGUCUCCCAGUAAUAUCAUAUACCACCUUCCGUCUCACUAUGCUCGGUGCCAGCAAAUCAGCCGCUCGCCUGCUUACCCACGUACCAAGGAGUGGGGUCCGCAGUAUGCUCACGUGUGCACGCCAGGGUUGCUGGAAUGGACUUAGUCAAGAUGUUCUUAGAUCCAUAUGGAAACGCGACUAUGCCUCUGAAGCAAUUAAGGGGGCUGUUAUUGGUAUUGACCUGGGAACAACAAACUCUUGUGUAGCAGUUAUGGAGGGAAAACAAGCAAAGGUGCUAGAGAAUGCUGAAGGAGCUAGAACUACGCCUUCUGUUGUUGCCUUUUCAGCAGAUGGUGAACGGCUAGUGGGUAUGCCAGCUAAACGGCAAUCAGUCACCAAUCCUGAGAACACAUUAUACGCUACAAAGCGUCUUAUUGGCCGGCGCUUUGAUGAUUCUGAAGUCCAAAAAGAUAUUAAGAAUGUUCCAUUCAAAAUUGUACGGGCCUCAAAUGGUGAUGCCUGGGUUGAAGCACAUGGAAAGCUGUAUUCUCCAAGUCAGAUUGGUGCAUUUGUGUUAAUGAAGAUGAAAGAGACUGCAGAAAAUUACCUGGGGCAUUCUGCAAAGAAUGCUGUCAUCACAGUGCCUGCCUACUUCAAUGACUCCCAAAGACAGGCAACCAAGGAUGCUGGACAGAUUGCUGGACUUAAUGUUUUGAGAGUUAUCAAUGAGCCUACAGCAGCUGCACUUGCUUACGGCCUGGAUAAAUCUGACGAUAAAAUUAUUGCUGUAUACGACUUGGGAGGUGGCACUUUCGAUAUUUCAAUUUUGGAAAUUCAGAAAGGUGUUUUUGAAGUGAAAUCCACCAAUGGAGACACUUUCUUGGGAGGAGAAGAUUUUGACCAGGCUCUGCUGCAGUAUAUUGUGAAGCAGUUCAAAAGAGAGUCUGGUGUGGACCUGACAAAAGACAACAUGGCACUUCAGAGAGUCAGAGAAGCAGCUGAAAAGGCAAAAUGUGAAUUGUCCUCAUCUGUACAGACUGAUAUUAAUCUGCCAUACCUUACCAUGGAUGCCUCUGGACCGAAGCACUUGAAUAUCAAACUAACACGUUCUCAGUUUGAAGGAAUUGUUGCUGAUCUAAUUAAAAGAACUAUUUCACCAAGUCAGAAAGCUAUGCAAGAUGCGGAAGUCAGCAAGAGUGACAUUGGUGAAGUUCUACUUGUUGGUGGAAUGACCAGAAUGCCAAAGGUCCAGCAAACUGUGCAGGAUCUGUUUGGUCGUGCGCCAAGCAAAGCGGUUAAUCCAGAUGAAGCUGUUGCCAUUGGAGCUGCUAUACAAGGUGGUGUGUUAGCAGGAGAUGUCACAGAUGUGCUGUUAUUGGAUGUCACUCCACUGUCUCUUGGCAUUGAAACACUUGGUGGAGUCUUCACUAAGCUUAUUGGCAGAAACACAACUAUUCCAACAAAGAAAAGCCAGGUUUUCUCUACUGCUGCAGAUGGACAGACUCAAGUAGAGAUAAAAGUUUGCCAAGGAGAGAGAGAAAUGGCUGCUGACAAUAAGAUACUUGGCCAGUUUACAUUGGUCGGAAUUCCACCAGCACCUCGGGGAGUACCACAAAUUGAGGUCACUUUUGAUAUUGAUGCCAAUGGAAUUGUUCAUGUAUCUGCCAAAGACAAAGGAACAGGUCGUGAACAACAAAUUGUCAUACAAUCCUCUGGUGGACUCAGCAAAGAUGACAUUGAGAACAUGGUAAAGAAUGCAGAGAAGUAUGCAGAGGAAGACAGAAGAAGAAAGGAAAGUGUUGAAGCUGUAAAUAAUGCUGAAGGAAUAAUUCAUGACACUGAAUCCAAAAUGGAAGAAUUUAAGGACCAACUGCCAGCUGAUGAGUGCAAUAAGCUUAAGGAAGAAAUUAGCAAAAUGAGAGAUCUCUUGGCUCGGAAAGACACAGAGACAGGAGAAACAAUCAGGCAAGCUGCCUCGUCUCUUCAGCAAGCUUCACUAAAGCUUUUUGAAAUGGCAUACAAAAAGAUGGCAUCAGAAAGGGAGAGCUCUGGAAGUGGAGAACCGAAAGAAGGCCAGAAAGAAGAAAAACAAUAAAUUACUUAGUGUGUGAGAAGCUUGGGAGCAAAGCUCUGAAUAAGGGUCCUGAGCAGAAAUGGGCAGAAGUCGAUCUUUUACUGUGUUUUUGCAGUAUCCUAUAUAUAAUUUCUUUAUUGUACUUGGUAAUGUCUACUGUUUUAGUACCAUCUAACAUGUAUAAAGGAAUAUAAAGAAAAUUUGCUAUUUUCUAUGUAAAGUUCUAGACGUAUGCCUUUGUGUCAAUACACAUUUAUUGUAAAAUUCCAUAAAAUGCUUUCCCAAAGUUGGGUGAGGAUGACCGUGCAUAAAAUAUGGAGGUAGUUCGCUUUAUCUCUUUUAAAGAAUAAAAAUGGUAAAAGUAGAGCCACUGACAGGAUGCAUACAAUUGAGCAUUUGUUUUUGUUUUUUAAAUGUUGUGUGUCUAUUUUAUUUUUUUCUCUAUUGGAUUCUGCUUUUGAAAGUGUUUUUUUUCCAUUGUUUCAGAAUGGAUAAAUUAUUUUAAUAAAAUCAAUUAAUCAUACAA